UGUCUGUCUGUCUGCCUUGGCACGCAGGAUGCCUGGAGGAAAAACCCCACUCGCCCACCGUCUCACUUGGAGGCGUGCGUCUGGCCCGCCGGCCAGCAGCAAUCCAUGCAUGCCUACAGACUGCCAGCGAGGCUCGGCUCUCAUUGGUUGAAUAUCAUACAUAGACGCGUGCAUGACAUGUCAUCGAACGCCACUGUGUUCCAUGCCAUCGAUUCCACUCAGCCAUCGACACCACCACGUACUUGUGUGUUUCCCUCCCUGUCCGUCUGGCUCUGGCUAUGGCGGCUGGAGGUAUCUGAAAGAGGACGAAUUAGCAUCCCGCGAGUCGGGUGAUGAGGUGCAGGGUCGACUCUUUCUGAAUGCUGUAAUCAGACAACAUACGGCCGUCCUCCAGCUGCCUGCAACACACACACACCAGUGGGUGGGGGCCGCACACAGAGUGUGGUGAAUGGACGGACACGUGUGUGUGCAGUUGUAAGGUUGUCUGCCUGGGUCGGUCGUCACUUACUGACCGGCCUGCGAAGAUGAGUCGCUGCUGGUCGACGGGUAUCCCUUCACCCCGCUGGAUGGCCUGCUUGAACGUCUCAAUGGUGGCCUCUGCACACGCCUCCACGGUGAUGGUCUUGCCUGCACACGACAACCAUCCAUCCAUCCAUCCAUGGCGGACAGACUUUUGUCAGUCAGUGGCAUUCAGUGGUUGACCGGUGAGUGUCUUGACGAACAGGACCAUGUAUGACUUGGCACGGUCCUUCAGGCUGCACACAUCCACACACAACAGCCCCGCUCCUUAUUGUUCGUAUCCCUCUAUGCCUCUCUCUCUGUCUGUCUGUCUGUCUGUCUGCUGCGUACUGUUGCUCUUGAGGGAGUAGUACGUCGGUGGAGAUGCGGCUGCUCUCGGGGGCCGGCUCCCAACCAGGCAAAGGCAGCUGCGACGGCUCCGGACUGACAACACCCAACCGAACACAGACAGACACGUGGUGAGUGCUCUUCGGUCGUCUGUUUUGUCCGUGUCCCCGUGCUCACCCGCCGUCGUAGUCAUAUCCAAAUGUCUGGAGGAAGUUGCCCAGUGCAUCGCGGCGUCUGCUCUCCUUGACGUCAUGGCUAUCGUACUCGCCCAUCGGAUCACUGCACACAUACACACAUGCAUACAUAGUGAUUGACUGCACGGGAUGGAGGGAUGGCAUGUAGGACUGUGGUAUGACGGGUUCGAUGCCGACGAUGCGCGAGAGCGACAUGUACAGCACCGGAUCGACCAGCACAGAGUGCCACACGAGAUCAAUGUGAGGAGGCACCGACAAACGGCACUGACGGUCAUUCUCCUCGCCCUUCUGUUCGCAAUCAACACACACCCAACAGCAGUCAGAAAGCAGCACACAGCGGCGAUCAAAUGAAAUGCCCCACAUUGCUAAACGUACGAGCAUCAUGAACAGCAAAAAGUCCCGGACAGCCACGGGCGCCUGGGCGGCGUCAAAGAGGCCCUCCUGUGUGAGGCGGUAGAUGACCUCGGACCACUUGAGUGUCUGGAUUUCAUCCCACAAACACACCAGGUGCUGUAGGUAACACAGGCACACCACACACGACGCCAAAGAAACGGCUCUUGCUGCACAGCUGUCACCCGCCACUUUGUUCUUCCUGAGUUACCUCUGGCAGGUCGUGUUCGAGGGCAGCCACACGCUGAGGCCUCCCAGCCAUCUCAAUCACGCCCCAGAGAGUUCCAAAAGCUUCCUCCAGACUGCGAGCUGCAGAGCGGAGCCGGAGGGAUUCGGUCGAACUCAUUGCAUCGUUGGAAUGAAUCAUGUGGAAGUACAU